ACCCUGCAAUGAAACAUCACGGUUAUGUGAGCGCGUAGUGAUGCCAUACGGUCCGCGUCAGGAACACUGAAGCUUAUAGCGGCAGGCUUAUAAUGUCCACUAGUCGAUAUGUGCUUCUGCUCUCUAAUCGUCAAAUCAACUCGCUAAUGUCGUAAAGGUGGAUUCCAAUGCUCCAGAGACAGAGAAGGUAGCGCACAGCCCUCUCUCCCCUUGACUUUAACAUACUGUACCUCUGAGGUCACACUAAUGUCAGGGUUACGUUAAGACAGUGUGUGUGUGCAGAGCGGAGGAGCCAUGACUCUGACGAGAGGGUCGUUCACCUACACCACGGGGGAGGAGUACCACGGGGAGUGGAAAGAAGGUCGGAGACAUGGAAUGGGCCAGCUGAAGUUCUCUGAUGGAACGUGCUAUGCGGGACAGUUUGAGAAUGGACUGUUCCAAGGCUCGGGGGUGCUCCUCUUCCCAGACGGAUCCAGGUAUGAGGGUCAGUUUACCCAGGGGAAGUUCCAGGGUGCCGGGGUCUUCAGUCGCUUUGAUGGGAUGAAGUUUGAAGGAGAGUUCAAGAGUGGUCGUGUGGAGGGAUAUGGGUUACUGACGUUUCCAGAUGGGAACCAUGGUGUGCCGCGUAACGAGGGCCUGUUUGAGAACCACAAGCUGCAGAAGAGGGAGAAGUGCCAAGGGGUGGUACUGCAGGCACAGGGAGCCGCCUCCACUGCCCGCAGUCUGGCUCUAUGACCCUACAGACACCCGAGACCCCACCAAGACACUAUGCGGAGUGGCUAGCUGUUCAGCAACUGGACUCAUCUUAGAUCCAAAAUGGUGGAACAAUGGGUCUCAACCAUGGCCAGGGUACAACAUCCUCAUACAGGCACUCAGGGAUGGACAACAGGGUCAUGCACCAGGGUUGUGGUGAUUCUUGAAUUUGAAUUAGCCACACUCCACAGAAAGAAGAAUGAAUGAAAGGAAGUAUCAUUUAAUUCAAUGUAUUUUAUUUAAAUUCAAAUGUAUAAUUUAAUAUACACAUCACUUGGCCUAUGCGCAAUGUACAGUUACUAAUACUAUGUAUAACAUACUGUAGGUUAAACCUAACAUUACCUCUGCGUUAUAAUCAAGUUCAUAUUUUAAAUUGGGUUUCUUUGUAAUAAUAAGUUGCAUAUGCUUUUGGUAAAAUACAUGUCAAAGGAUUGAAACUUUCCUGUCUCAGUUACAUUGAUUUGAAUUCAAUGUCUACUUCCUUCAAUUCAAAGUCUGCUUUCUGUGGGGUGUGGGCAGUUGAAAUAGAAUUUGGCAUUUCAUGGGUUGAAUUAAAUUCAGAAUUGACCCCAACCCUGUCAUUCUCGUUAUCUCUCUGUCCGUGUCUCUGUCUCUCUCUGUCCGUGUCUCUCUCUCUGUCUCUCGCUCUCUGUCUCUGCCUUUCUGUGUCCUCCUGCUACACCAAUGCUGUUCUGCCUUCAAAUUGUCACAUGCGUCGACGACAACAAGUGUAGACCUUACCGUGAAAUGCUUACUUACAAGCCCUUAACCAACAAUGCAGUUCAAUAAAUAGUUAAGAAAAUAUUUACUAAAUAAACUAAAGUAAUAAAAUCUAAAAGUAACACAAGAAAAUGUCAUAACAAUAACAAGGCUAUAUAUAUUUUUUUAAAUAAAUCCUCUUAGGGAGGCUGCGAAUUUUCGCAGCUUUUUGUUAAAAAUCGUGCAACAUUUCAGCGCCCUGCUAUUCAUGCCAGGAAUAUAGUAUAUGCAUAUGAUUAGUAUGUGUGGAUAGAAAACACUCAGACGUUUCUAAAACUGGUUAAAUCACGGCUGUGACUAUAACAGAACGUGCAUUUCAUCGAGAAGUGCAGGAAAAUCUGAUCACUGAAAAUGGAAAAAAAUAUCCAUGCGCCACUUCCAAGAAUUGUUAAAGGUGAACCAGAUUAAAUGAGGUCGAGGUUGCAAUAUACCUACAGCUUCCACACGAUGUCAAUAGUCUUGUCAUUUGCCUACUAUUUGUUUCUUGGUCAAACGAAGAAGAGACAAGCCAUUUCUUCAGGUAUCCGACCGGAUAUUUUGGUUGAGAUUUAUCCAGACAUUAUUUCCAGACGGACACCUAUAGAAUUGACAUCGCCUCGUGAUCAAUUUUAUCGCUUAUUAACGUGUACUAAUACCUAAAGUUGCAUUACAAAUGUAUUUCGAAGUGUUUUGUGAAAGUUUAUCGUUGACUUUUUUAAUUUUUAAAAAUGACAUUACGUUAGAAAAUGCG